AAUAAGUUCAAAAUUGAAUUUUUAUUUUAAUAUAAAUUAUUAAUAGUUAUAGUAAAUUUAAUAUUCAAUUAAACCUCGUAUAUUUUAAAAACCUAGAUUGGAAACAUGUCCGGAUACGAUAUAUCAAGGUUUCCAAAUUUAUCGGAAAUGGAAAAGUCUGAAUACACGUGCAGUAUAUGUCAGGACAUAUUUUGUUGUCCAAUGAUUACCCCGUGUUGUCUGCAGACAUUUUGUGAGGACUGUAUCACCGGUUGGUUACAAAACAACAACACCUGUCCCUAUGAUAGGAAAAGGUUGUCAUUUGACAAGUUAAGCCGCCCACCAAGAGUCAUGGUAAAUAUGAUAGGUAAUUUAAAUAUAAAAUGCGAUUUUUGGGAUAUUGGGUGCCGUGAAAUCAUUAAGUUGGAGGACCUCAUACAACACACCGCCAUCUGUGAGCACAAUGAGACAAACCAUCCGAAAACGUGUGACGUAUGCUAUUGUGACAAAACACGUGAUCACGACUGCGUCGAAGCACUACUGGAAGCCAAGUGUAGCGCGAAUGACGAAAUAGAUUUGUUAAAGCGAAUGGUGAAAGAGUUGAAAAGUGAGAAAGAUAAUUUCUUGAUGACAAUCCAGAACAUGUCUACGAGAGAAGAUCAAUAUAAGUGGGAAGAAAUAUUCCCAGAAGCUUAA